UACCAAACAUCUGCUUGUGAACAACAGCAACUCUUAACAGCCGUUCCGACAAACUGUCUUGUCAUCAGAACAAACCGUAACGAGUAGCUGUAAAUGUGGACGUGAAGGCUGCGUGUGUCCGGCUGUGGUCUGUCUGUGGCUGGGAACUGCAGUUUGAGAGGUGGGAGCCAACGCCGUCCACGCUGCUCUAACGGGGAUCUCCAGCCUGUGGUCUCAGCAUGAAGAUUGCCGUGCUGGGAGCUACUGGGCAAACUGGUCAGUAUCUGGUGGACCAGGCGCUGCAGCAGGGCCACACAGUCACCGCCGUUGUGAGGAACCCGUCAAAACUUACUGUGCAUCAUGAAAAUCUCAAGGUGGUGGAAGCUGACAUUUUUUCAGCAGAGAGUCUGGAGCCUCAUUUCACGGGGCAGGACGCGAUAAUGUCCUGCCUCGGGUUCCCGAUCGCCGCCUUCUCUGCUGUGACGGGCUACACGCUGUCUAUGAGCGCCAUGAUUGGUGCCAUGAGAGCGACGCGGGUCCACAGGAUUAUCACCAUGACUUCCUGGUACACGGAGCCUAACUCUGGAACUCAGUCGUCUUACUUCAUCCGAUUUCUUCUUCUGCCAAUGAUCCGAAGCGUCCUCACCAAUAUGUUCGAGAUGGAGCAGUUUCUGCAGAAGACUGAGGACAUUAACUGGACUGUGGUCCGUCCGCCCGGCCUCAAAAACCUGCCCGCCUCAGCUCUGGAGUUCCUGAGCCAUGAGGGGUACUUCGUGCCAGACGGCAGCGGUUAUCCUGUGGGCAGCGCCAUAGGACGAGGAGAUGUGGCUCGAUUCAUGCUGUCACUGCUCAACAGUGACGCCUGGGUCAAGAAAGGAGUCGCCAUCAUCACCAAAUGAGGAGGAAGAAGGGUCACGUUCAGAGACUGAACUCCACUCACCAGCAUCGAGUCCUGUUUGACUGAAGCUGCAGUUAGAAACAUGCUUUCAGCGCAGGUUGGAGCUUAGACCCAAACGUGACUCAUGUAACAUUCAUAAACAUUUACAACAGUUA